AUGAGUAAACUAUAUGUUUUAUAUGAGCACAGCGCGGGCUUUGCGCUGUUCCGUGUCACAGAGUUCGAAGAGUUGGCAGCAUUCCUCCCUCAAGUGGAAGAAUCUGUAACAGACCUGCAAAGGUUUAAUUCAGUGGUCACUUUAAUCGCAUUCCAACCAUUUAAAUCUGCAGUCGUUGCAUUAGAAAAUAUUAAUGCUAUUUCUGAAGGUAUUGUGCCAGAGGACCUUAACUUGUUUCUUGAAGGUGCUUUGCCAAAGCGCAAGAAAAGGUCAAAAUGUACUCUAGGUGUAGCAGACCCGAAACUUGGUGCUGCCAUCAGCGAAGCUCUCGAGAUACCAUGCUCACAUACUGGGGCAGUACCAGAGAUUAUCAGAGGCAUACGGCACCAUUUCCAUGCACUCAUCAAAGGCCUCACACUCAAAGCAUGUAGCAUAGCUCAGCUUGGUCUUGGCCAUUCCUACUCUAGGGCCAGAGUUAAGUUUAAUGUGCAUAGAGUGGACAACAUGAUUAUACAGUCAAUAGCACUGCUGGAUCAACUUGAUAAGGAUAUUAACACCUUCUCUAUGAGAAUCAGAGAGUGGUACUCCUACCAUUUCCCAGAGCUGGUGAGCAUAGUACCUGAGAACCAUCUUUACACGAAAUGUGCAGAGUACAUCAAGGACAGAAAGUCAUUGUCAGAGGAGUCUCUAGAACCUCUCACGGAGAUUUUGGGUGAUUCAGAAAAGGCUCAGGCUAUCAUUGAUGCUUCAAAGAUGUCUAUGGGAAUGGACAUUUCACCAGUGGAUUUGAUUAAUAUACAGAUGUUUGCUGGAAGAGUUGUGGCACUGAGUAACUACAGGAAGCAGAUAGCAGAGUAUCUACAUACGAAGAUGAAUUCGGUAGCUCCGAACCUCACCACACUGAUUGGUGACCAAGUUGGAGCAAGACUCAUCUCUAAGGCUGGAUCUCUCACAAGCCUCGCCAAGUAUCCUGCUUCUACAUUGCAGAUUUUAGGGGCCGAGAAAGCUCUAUUCCGUGCUUUGAAAACUCGUUCCAACACACCCAAGUACGGUCUGCUGUAUCAUUCUACUUUUAUCGGUCGCGCCGGUCUUAAGAACAAAGGUCGGAUCAGCAGAUACUUGGCCAACAAGUGCUCCAUCGCUUCAAGAAUUGAUUGCUUCUCUGAAACACAAACAACAAUAUUCGGCGAGAAACUUCGUCAGCAAGUGGAGGAUCGUUUGAAGUUCUAUGAGACGGGUGACAUCCCAAUGAAAAACAUCGACGUCAUGAAACAGGCAAUGGAAGAGGCCCUACAAGAACAGGAACAAGAAGCAGUGGCCAGUGCUAAGAAGAAGAAGAAAAAGAAGAAGAAGGAAAAGAAAGAGGAAGAAGCAAUGGAUGAGGAUUGA